UCCUAGAUUCUCAUAAAAGCAAUAAAUAAACUUCCUAUGUAACAAUACUUUGCUUUCUGACAAAACAAUUCUUCUCUGUAAAUGAAGUAAACAAAUAAUGACUUCUCCUGCAUGUUCAAAUCAUAAAAAGAUACAAGUUUCUCUUGUUAAGACACAUUUAUAACCUACCAAUCAGCUUUUAUUCCUAUAUUUUACGGUUUGUCAUCAACAAGAUAUUCAGAUUGUUUCUCCUUAAUAUCUUUGCUGCAUUCAUCUGGGGUUUAGUUAAUUUCAUUUAUAAAGUUUAAUGAAGUAAGGAUUUUGGAGGGAGCCAAUUCUACUCAUGUCUCAAGGAAAGAUGAAGGAAGAAGAUAUAUCCUACACAAAUGCGAAAACCGAAGAUCAUGUAUUACUUGAUAUAGUGCAAGAAGAAGAAGAUCUUGUACAAUCAAUUGGUGAAAAGAUGAAAAAUAUCUCAAGUGUUCAUCGUAUCAACAAAGUUCCUCAAGAACUUAAACAGGGAAGUGAACAUGAUUACUCUCCUAAGUUAGUCUCUAUAGGUCCUUUUCACCAUGGAGUUGCCACCCUUAACGACAUGGAGGAACAUAAGUGGUGUUAUCUCAACACACUUGUUAGUCGAAAACCAAUAAACACACAAACCAUUUUAGAGAAUUGUGUGAAAACACUUAGAAAUUUAGAGGACAAAGCUAGGAAAUGCUAUGGAGAGAACACAAUUGAUCAAAUUGGAAGUAAUGAAUUUGUCCAAAUGAUGUUGCUUGAUAGUUGUUUUAUCAUUGAGCUCUUUAUUAAGUUUGCUAUAAAGGGUUUUCGACGUAGAGAUGACAUAUCCUUUAGCAAUUACGAGAUGUUUUGUCGUCUUAGAUGUGACUUGAUACUACUCGAAAACCAAAUCCCAUUUCUUGUUCUUCACCAAAUGUUUCACUUAGUUCCAAUUCCUAAAGGAUGUACUUACUCCCUUAUUCAACUUGCCUUACUCUUUUUUAGAAAAUUGAUUCCAGGAGAAGGACUUGUAACUACAGAGAGAUUUGGUCCUGAAGUUCACCAUUUAUUGGAUUUAGUUCACCAAUGUUAUCUCCCAACCAGUGCUCAAAUUCGCUCAAGUGGGGUAGAAAAACAUACGCACGAGGUACUACGUCUUCAUCGUGUAGGGAUCAAGUUCAAGAAGGCAAUAAGUGACAGCGUUAUGAAUAUAAGAUUUACCAAAGAUGGAGUCUUGGAGAUUCCACCAUUGAAAAUACACAGUUACUCUGAGAUUUUGUUCAAAAAUAUGGUGGCAAUGGAGCUGUGUGGUACCAGUAGAAGUGGCCCGAAGCAUGUCGUGUCUUACGUUUACCUCAUGAAAAGUCUUGUGAGGUUUGAAAAUGAUGCAAGGUAUUUUACACGAAGGGAAAUUUUGGACAGCAGUUCGUCUAAUGAUAAAGAGAUUUUGGAACUGUUCACAAGGCUUCAUGUGGAUUUUGAUGUCAAGGAUUUCUAUUAUAGUGGACUUUGUGAUAAAGUUAAUAAAUACAAGAAGGAAACUAUGUGGACACAAUGCUGCCAGAAAAUUAGCCAUGUAUUUAAGAAGACUUCCAAAGGAAUUACAAGCUAACAUUUUUUCUUAGUAGUUUCUGUUUUUGCUGCAUUCAUUUUCUUUAUUUGCUUUUCUACUGCAGCAUGCUUGAGAAAGUUGAAUUUGAAAUCUCCUUUCAUCAUUUUCGUUUGGUAUCACUAUAUGCAGAUUCCAAGUUAUCUUUGUC